AUGCCUACAGUCCAUCUGCUAGAUUACGUCGCCGGAAAUGUCCGCUCUCUGGUCAAUGCGAUCAACAAAGUCGGCUUUGAGGUCGAAUGGGUCAAAUGUCCAGGUGACCUAGCGAAUGCAGAGAGGCUUAUUUUACCAGGGGUCGGCCAUUUCGGCCAUUGCCUAUCUCAGCUAUCAGAGGGAGGCUACCUAGAACCGAUCAGGCGGCACAUAGCUUCGGGGAAACCCUUUAUGGGAAUUUGUGUUGGCUUACAAGCACUUUUUGAGGGGUCUGAGGAAGACUCGGGUGUCCAAGGCCUGGGAUUAAUACCAGUGCGGAUGCAGAAGUUCAGUACCGAGUCAAAGAGCGUACCCCACAUAGGCUGGAACUCUGCCAUAAACACCAAAAUCGGGUCUUCGCGGGAUCAAAGCUUCUAUGGAUUGAAUCCAAACAGCAAGUACUACUAUGUUCACUCUUACGCAGCUCGCUACACCCCGGGGCUUCUUGAAGGGAAUGGCUGGUCAGUUGCCACAGCUACUUAUGGUGAGGAAGAAUUCAUUGGUGCUAUCGCACAAGAAAAUAUUUUCGCCACGCAAUUUCACCCGGAGAAAAGUGGUCAGGCUGGGUUACGGACUAUCAGUGCUUUCCUGAAUGGUCAUCGUUUUCAGACAAUCACCGCCCAGGCUUCGCCCUCCUUGGAAAAGAAUAAUGGGCUGACACGUAGAAUCAUCGCCUGUCUCGAUGUGCGCACUAAUGAUUCUGGAGACCUUGUCGUUACGAAGGGUGAUCAGUAUGAUGUUCGCGAGAAGGACGGUGUCGACACCGGAGGUCAGGUCAGGAAUCUGGGAAAGCCGGUUGACAUGGCGAAGAAAUAUUACGAACAAGGGGCUGAUGAGGUCACGUUUCUGAAUAUCACAUCCUUCAGGAAUUGCCCUGUUGCAGACGCACCGAUGCUGGAAAUCCUCAGGAGGACUUCAGAAACUGUUUUCGUGCCAUUGACCAUCGGAGGCGGCAUCAAGGACACCAUCGAUACAGACGGGACUCAAAUAUCGGCUCUUGAUGUGGCAACAAUGUAUUUCAAGUCCGGUGCUGAUAAGGUCAGCAUUGGCUCGGAUGCAGUUAUUGCAGCGGAGGAGUUUUAUGAAGCGGGGGGGAAGCUGACUGGUAGAACGGCUAUAGAGUCGAUAUCAAAGGCAUAUGGUAACCAGGCUGUGGUCGUGAGCGUGGAUCCGAAGCGUGUAUAUGUGACCAGGCCAGAGGAUACGCAGCACCAUACAAUCAGGACAAAGUAUCCAAAUGCGGCCGGCCAGACCUUUUGUUGGUAUCAGUGCACCAUCAAAGGCGGACGAGAGUCUCGGGAUCUUGAUGUCCGACAGCUAGCGAAGGCCGUCGAAGCGAUGGGUGCCGGUGAACUCCUACUAAACUGUAUCGACAAGGAUGGAAGCAACAGCGGGUUUGACCUCGAACUGAUCAGUGAUGUGAAAGCCGCUAUCAACAUACCAGUCAUUGCCUCAAGCGGAGCCGGCAACCCGGGGCAUUUUGCAGAAGUUUUCGAAAAUACCACAACAGAUGCAGCUUUAGGUGCUGGCAUGUUUCACCGAGGUGAAUAUACCGUCAGCGAUGUGAAGAAUCACCUUAGUGAUAGCGGGCUCCUUGUCCGCAAAUUCGAAGAGGACAAUUAG